GAAAGAAGCAAAAUCGUUCGUUCGUCGCGUCGCAAGACGACGCAGAAGAAUACAAAAAAAACACCAUCCCCGUCCGUCGUCGACGGAGAUCAUCCCACAAAGUCGCUCGCGACUACCUUUAAUCAAUUCCUUUGUGGGUGCGAUCUCUGUUUACUGCUACGUUCCUCGUCCGAAGAAAAGCCCUUUUCUUUUUCUUUUCCUCUCGUCGGAGAAUUUUCCAAAUGAAAUAGAACUAAGGGGGAAAUAUAUAUAUAUAUAUACACACGCUUAUUCUGUUGAGUUUCUGUCUUCUGGGUAGCUUAAAAGUUUUCAGCUUUCUAUCGCUUUCUCUCCAUGACACAGACUCAACGGGUCUUCCAAGCCUGGAAAGGAAGCAAUAAGUUCAUUCUUGGUGGGAGAUUAAUCUUUGGUCCAGACGCCAAAUCAAUCCCUGUUACCGUGCUACUCAUCAUAGUCCCAGUUAUUUUAUUCUGCGUCUUUGUAGCAAGGCAUCUUCGCCAUGAGUUCUCGCCUUACAAUGCUGGAUACGCUAUCUUGGUCGUUGCAAUUCUAUUCACUAUUUAUGUAUUGAUCCUCCUCUGCUUCACAUCUGCACGAGAUCCUGGCAUUGUUCCACGAAACUCACAUCCACCAGAGGAAGACCUACGCUACGAGACAACAGUAUCAGCUGAUGGAAGACGAACACCAACUGUUCAGAUUCCUAGGACGAAAGAAGUUAUAGUUAAUGGCGUUGCCGUUAGAGUGAAAUACUGUGACACUUGCAUGCUUUAUAGACCUCCUCGUUGCUCUCAUUGUUCCAUCUGCAACAACUGUGUCGAGCGCUUUGAUCAUCAUUGCCCCUGGGUCGGCCAAUGCAUUGGACUGAGAAACUAUAGGUACUUCUUUAUGUUUGUCUCUUCGGCGACACUUCUCUGCAUGUAUGUGCUCUCAAUCUCGGCUCUAUACAUCAAGAUUCUGAUGGAUCAUCAACGCGGAACCGUGUGGAUGGCAAUGAGAGCAUCUCCUUGGUCAGUUGUGCUGAUGGUAUAUUGCUUUAUUGGCCUCUGGUUUGUUGGAGGGCUCACAGGGUUUCACUUGUACCUCAUAAGCACAAACCAGACAACCUACGAGAAUUUCCGGUACAGAGCAAACAGCAGAACCGUUGCUUAUAACCGUGGCUGUACUAACAAUUUCAUGGAGGUGUUUUGCACCAAGGUUAAGCCCUCGAGGAACAACUUUAGAGCCUUCCUCGAUGAAGAAGAGCCUCCAAGAGUUGUUGUUACUCUGCCAACAACCACCAGAGAAUCAGAGGAUGAAAGUGGAACCCGGAGACAGAAAGUGGAAGAUGAUCUAGAGAUUGGAGAUGAUCUUAUGAAUAUAUCACAGAGAUGUAAUCCAGCAGAAGGGAGCAAGGAGCAAGCUCAUCAUGGUUUGGAGAUUGAACAAUCGAUGCUUGGGGUUGCUGAGAGAGCGGGAACGAUAAGGACAGAGACAAGGCAUGGAAGCUGGGGAAGUAGAGGAAGUGGGAGCUGGGAUAUAGCAGCAGAUGUGAGUAAUUCUAAUGUCAGGGAGAGUUGAAGCUAAAGCAACAAAAGAGGAAGGAAGGGGAUAACGUGUUUAUUACUUUUGUUUGUUUUUUAAUUGGUUCCAAAACAUUUGGAGAGGUCUCUUUUAGGACAGAAGUCAGAAGAUCUGAUUUGGUUUUGGAGGAUUUGCCAAUUCAGUUCAUGUAAUCUUUGAGUCUAUUUCCUCUUCUAAUCUUCUUUUCGUUUCCUUAAUUGUGUGUUGUGCUAUUCUGUUGAUAUUGUGUGGAAUUCCAUUGUGUAUUUGCGGUGACUAAAUCUACCAUAACUCUGUAACUUUCGUGAUGUGUUUAGCUCAGCCAAAAUCCAGUUUUUC